UUUUUAAAAAAAAUUCUUUUGUAAUACAAAAAUUCAUUCUCUUUUAAGUGAAUUUAGUAAUAUUUGAUUAUGUCAACAAAUUGGGAAGAUUUAUUAUGGAGGCCUAUUCAUAAAGCAAAAGCAAAAAUGGAUUAUCACAGUCAACAUCCUAUGGAUUUACAUUUUGAUGCUGGUGAAAUUAUCGAAGUCCUCGGAAUUGAAAAUGAAGAUUGGUGGAAUGGGAGUAUACAAAAUACACAAAAAUUGGGAACUUUUAAAUUUGGUUCUUUUCCAAAAAUAUUUGUGGAGGUUGUGGAAGCUGUGGAAUCAUCAUUUGAAUCAAAGAACGAUUAUCAACAAAAAAAAAUUAUUAAUUCAAAACCAAAUUUGCCUCCUAGAAAAAAACCAUUAGUAACUUCAAAUAAUAACAAACCUUCCUAUGAUGAUGAUGAUAAUAAAACAGAUGUUUUGAACAAAUUAUUAAACAAAAUCCCAGAAUUAACCAAGCCUAAGCUAUCUAGUUCAAACAAUUCCAAUUCUUCACGUGAGAAUAGUCUGAAAAUUUCUGCUAUGUUUGAUCUUGAAACUUAUGAACAGUUCGAAUCUCGACCAGAUCCUGUCAGUCGAUGUGAACCAGUUGUUGUUGCAAAAGAUUUUGAGGGUUUCUUUGACGCAUCAGUUGUCGAUUUUACAAUUAUUGACGAAUACGCACGAGAAACUCCAAUAUCAGAGACAGAAACAAUAGGAAAAUUAUCUUAUUAUCUUACAUCUGUGUGGGAUCAUCCUUUGUAUAAAUUACGAGCAAUAUUUACAUGGGUGACAGAUAACAUAUCUUAUGACUGUGAAUCAUUUUUUUCAGGACAAUACCGAAAUGCCGCUAAUGGAGCAAAGGAUGUAUUAAAGAAAAGAUCGGCUGUAUGUGCUGGUUAUUCAGAAUUAUUUUAUGAAUUAUCAAAAGCUGCUAGAUUAGAUGUAUGGAAGAUAAAUGGAAAUGCCAAAGGUGCUGGAUAUACAGCAGGGGCUGAUAUCUCAGGAUCAGAAUAUGGACAUGCAUGGAAUGGUGUAUUAUAUGAAGGAGAAUAUUUAUUGAUAGAUAGUACGUGGGGUGCCGGACAUCUUCAUAAUGGACAAUUUAUUAAGUCUUUUAAUCCAUUUUACUUCAUGUGCUCUCCUAUGAAAAUGAUAUAUCGUCAUUUACCUACGGAUCCUAAACAUCAAUAUUUAAAACCAAUAAUUUCAUCUGAGGAGUUCUUGAAUUUACCUUGUUUUAGAGAACUAUGUUUCAAAAAUGGAAUUAAUUUAACAAGAUGGUCAGGUCAUAUAGCUGAAACAUCAAAAGAUAAAAUAUCUUUGGAAUUUGAACAUACAGCACUUGAAGAGACGGGUUAUUAUGGUGCUAAUUUGGAUUGGAAAGGACAAAGUAAAUUGGCUGUUGUAGUACAAAGAUUGACACAUCCAGGUCCCAACGGAGGAAUAUUAUAUAGAAUAUUAUGUAAUAUUCCUAGUAAUGGAGACGGACAUCUCAGCGUUUAUUAUUAUCCUCGAGGAGGAGGGGAGGGACCGCAGCUAAUAACUCAAAAAAUAAUAAAUCAUGGAACAGGUUCAAAUUACAAACAAUUUGUAAACACAUACGGUAUCCCAUUUAUAGUUUCAAUUGUAAAUCCCUUGGAAGCAACACUUGAACAUAAUACGAAAGUUAGGUUUGAAAUUAAUGUAUUUGGAGAACAUCCUACUCCAAAAUUAUUAGUAUUUGAUCAAUCAUUUAAAAAGAAACAAUUUUUGGAAAUAGUUGAUCGAAAUGAUGAACAAGAUUAUGUUACUUUUGUCGGAGAUGUUGUAUUAAGUUAUAAAGGAAAAUGGCAUUUGGGUUAUGAAAGUAAAGAUAAUUAUUUUAGUUAUAUUGCUGAAUAUGAUGUUGAUUAAUAAUUAUAAUAUUUCAUAUUAGUUUUUUUUAUUACUUGGGAAUAAUAUGAACAAAUAUU